AUGGCUAUGAAUGGUAUUAUGAUUCAAAAAACAUCAAAUACAUUUUUCCGAUCAUUAUAUUUAAAAACAUUUUCUAUGUCUUCUAAAAAGUAUUUUGGUACUCCAGAACUUCAAAAAAUUGGUAAUAAUGGUCUUCCAAAAUUAACUGUUCCACCAUUAGAAGAUACAUUAAAUAAAUUUAUUCUUAUGGCAAAACCAAUUGUUGAUGAGGAAGAAUUUAUAAAAACUAGAAAUAUGACAAAUGAUUUCAAAGCAUCUGAGAUAGGAAAAAAAUUACAAAAAUAUUUAAAGGAUAGAGAAGAUAAAUUAAAUAAUUGGUUAACUCCAUGGUGGUUAGAUAUUGCAUAUUUAGAGGGAAGAGAUCCAUUACCAAUUGUAACAAGUCCAGGAAUGUUAUUUCCAUAUUAUAAUUAUAAAGGUAUUGAUGGACAAAUUGAGUAUGCCUCAAAAUUUAUUCAAUCAGUAUUAAAAUAUCAUCACCUUAUCAUUGAAAAUAAAAUACCACAAGAUAAAAUUGGUAAUACAUUAUUUGAAAUGAGUCAAUAUAAAAAUUUGUUUGGUACAACUAGAAUUCCAAGAAAAAAAAAAGAUGAAUUAAUUUUAGGGUAUGAAUUAAAAGAAUGGAGUAAACAUAUUAUUGUAAUACGAAGAGGACAUGCAUUUAAAGUUCCUGUUUAUGAUAAGAAUGGAAAUAUAUUAAGUAUAAAUAAUAUUAUAAAAAUUUUGAAGAAUAAUGUUAUCCCAAUAUCAAAUUCACGAAAUCCAUUUCCUGUUUUAUCUUUAAGCGCAUUAGAUCGUGAAACAUGGGCUAUUAUAUGGAAGAAAAUGGAAAAUUAUAAUCCAGAAUAUGUUAAUGUACUUUUAAAGAGUCUUUUUGUUGUCAACCUCGAUGAAACAGUUAAAUUUGACAAUUAUAAAAGUCAACAAAAUGCUGUUGUAAGUGAAGCUUUAACUGGUGGUGGAUGUGAUAAUAAUAGUUUAAAUCGUUGGUAUGACAAAACUCUUCAAUAUAAUAUUACUCCUGAUGGUUAUUGUACUUGUACCUAUGAACAUACACCUGCAGAAGGUCCACCAGUUGGAUCAUUAUGUGAUUAUAUAUGUGAUACAAUUGAAAAAAAUAAUUUUAAUAUUGAAGAUAAUAAUAUUCCAUGUGAUAAAGUUGAAAGAUUAGAUUUUAAAAUUGAUGAUGAUAUGAAAAAUAUUUUUAAAGAUGGAAUUGAAAAAAUUAAUAAAUCAGCAAAUAAUUUAGAUGUUAAUGUUUAUUAUUUUAAAGAAUUUGGUAAAAAUUUUCCAAAACAAGUUAAAUUAUCUCCUGAUUCAUUUAUUCAAUUAGCUUUUCAAUUAACUUUUUAUAGAAUACAUAAAAAACACCCACCAACAUAUGAAACAGGAACAUUAAGAAAAUUUAGUGAAGGAAGAACUGAAACAAUUAGACUUCCAACAAUUGAUACAGCUAAAUUUGUUGAGACAUUUGUUAAUAAUAAAACAUCAGAUGAUGAAUUAAGUAAAUUAUUAAUAAAAGCAAUAGAAUCUCAUAAAGAAUAUAGUAUAAUGGCAAUGAAUGGUAGAGGAAUUGAUCGUCAUCUUCUUGGAUUACGUUUAGCAUCAAGAGAAUUAUUUAUUCCAUUACCAAAUAUAUUUAAAGGAGAAGCAUAUAAAAAAAUGAUGCAUUUUCAGGUAUCAACAAGUCAAGUACCAACACGUCAUUAUCUUUCUUUAGCUUUUGGUCCCUCAGCUCCAGAUUGUUAUGGUAUAUGUUAUAAUCCAAAAGAAAAAGAAAUUAUUUUUACAAUAACAACAUUCAAAGAAUGUAAAGAUACUAGUUCACAACAAUUUACUGAAGAAUUACAUAAAACACUUUGUGAUUUAAGAAACAUCUUAUUAAAAACAGUAAAAAUUGAAAAAGCUAAACUAUAA